UUGGUAUAAUAAACAAGCAAAUUACGAGCACUCACUCGUCAGAGGUUCUACAUCGCACUCACUUCCUUGAUCUUGCACACAAGAGAUAGAACACCAACCAAAGAGCAACAAUGGCUUCCCCUCAAGACAUACAACAGAAAAUGAUGGCAGUAUUUGCCAAUGUGAAACAAGAAGAUGCAAAAGGUUUUGAUACGUACGAGUAUGAAGGAGUUCAUCUUGAUGUAGAUACGUUAAAAAGCACCAUGGACGAUCUCAAGACGUUUGAAAUUCGAGAAGAUGACGUGUUCAUUGUUACUUACCCUAAAUCAGGAACCACGUGGACGCAAGAGAUAAUGUCCACUAUACUUCACGAUGGGAACAUUGAGGAAGUAAAUAAGAAACACACAAUGCUUAGAGUUCCAUUCUUAGAGAUGACCCGCGCUGGUGCAGCGCACCCAGAGAUGCCAAGGAGUGAUAAGAUGGUAGCCAAUAUGCCAAGGUCCACUCCUCGAUUUAUCAAGUCUCAUCUUCCAAGCCAACUACUACCUCCUCAAGUAUGGGAGAAGAAGAUUAAGAUGGUCUACGUCAUCAGGAAUCCUAAAGACACCAUUGUGUCUUUCUUUCAUCACGGAAAUCUUACAGCACCUCACAGGAAUUACCAAUUUGAUGACGUAUUUGAGAGAUUCCUGAAGAACACCCUUCCGUUCGGCAGUUGGUGGGAUCACAUUCUGAAGUUCUGGGAGAAGAGGAAUGAAGAUCACGUCUUAGUGCUUCAGUUUAAAGACAUGAAGAAGGACCUUCGUGGGACGGUGAAGCAAAUCAGUGAGUUCCUUGGGAAAUCCUUCUCAGAUGAAAUCAUAGACGCCAUUACCGAUCACUGCAGCUUUGAGAGCAUGAAGAAUAACCCUAUGACUAAUCCAGACACUCUUAUUGCUCAAUUGUUUGGCAAGAUUGCAGAUGGAAAGUCAUUUAUGAGAAAGGGCAAAGAGGGUGGUUGGAAGGCACAGUUGUCCCCAUCUCAAAGCGAGGCUCUAGACGCACUAUGCAAGGAGAGGCUUAAGGAUACUGGUCUUACAUUUGAAAUGUGAUCAUCUUGUCUUGGAUCAAGGCAAUGGCUUCGGAAGAUUUUGAACUUCUUAAUCAAUGUCAAACAUAAGUUUUAUUUUAAAACACAAUACAUUGUAAUUAUAUAAAAUGAGUAUGGGUUUAAAAUAAAACACUAUUUUAAUGAAGGGAUCUGUACAGUUAUUAACCAAUGCUAUAAAGCCUGUUUUCCUUUUUACAUUAUAAUGAUUUUAUUUAGAAAUUGACGAUUAACAACGAUGGCAACUCAAUAAUGAAAUAAUGUUAGUAGAAUAAAAUGGGAGUUCAUUAUUCAUCGUGGGAAACGGCUCCCUCUCGAGUAAUGUAAUUAUUUAAGAAAGGGGUAAUACAAUACUUUAAAACUGGGGCCUUUUUUAUUAUGUAUCAGAAAGCACACAAAAGUAACGCAACAAGGUUGUUUUUGCUUUCAUGAAUUGCUAUAGAUUUUGGCGCCAUUAGGCCUACUUUAUAAUUAUUUUGGAAACAAGUUUUGGUCCGGGUAUACAAUUUUGUAUUGAUAUGACAUAAUUUGCAAAAAGCCGUUGACCUAUAUUCCUCUAUCAUACGUUUUUCAGAGGGAUUCAAUAUUGUCUCGAAGCAGAUACAUGAACGAAACUCAACCAAGCUGGCACCGUCGUCAUUAUCACACUUAUGAGAAGCAGAUCAAAUCGUUGUUGAUAAUAAAAACAGGUAUACCGAGUGUAAAAAAAAUCAUACUUUUGUCUUGUUCUAGUUUGUUCUUUUUAAUAGGCAAAAUGGACACUGUUGAUAAAUACUCAAAGUGAUUGGCGCAUAAAAAAAUUGUUAUCAAGCGAUGGAAAGCAGUUGAUAGUAUAAAACAUUAUGUGAAACGGCGCCCUCUGGUAUAAUGCAAUUUUUGAGAAAGGGGUAAUAAAAUACUCCAGCUGAUGCCUCUUUAUUAUGCAUCUGAAAGCACCACAAAAGUAAUGCCAAAGACUGUUUUUGCUUUCGUUAUUCUGUUGCAUUAUUCAAUGACCAAUUGAACCCAAAUUUUCACAGGUUUGCUAUUUUAUGCAUAAUGUUGGCUAACCCCAGCUGAGAAUUUAGUGGUCUUUGACAACUACCAAUGUCUAUCAAGUGCCUUUAAAUGUCGUCUCCAUAUCCAUUUCACCGGAAACACCGUCUAUCUCACCCCAUACCAGUUCACGAAACCCACUGAAUGAUUGCACUGUGAAUAAAUAAAUUAAUGUAUAUGUAUAAUACAUUUUACAAAAACGGAUACUUUUUUAUAAUAAUAUUUGUUACAGACGCAUGAAAUCAUACCAUUGCAUUAACCCUGGCGGCCUUACUUUCGUCUGUAUCUAUGUACAGCACAGAGGAUCGGGAAGAGUCCUAUCAUAGGCGAGCGCAACCUUGCAUCAGCCGUGACACUUGUGUCAUUAAGCAAGACAUUUAACCAUUGUUUCGUCCUUCGGAU